CGGCCUCGAUUUGUGGCACCCCCGCUUCGCGCAGUCAUUAGUUGGGUAGAGGACUACUACUGGACGCCAGUGCCCACGGAAGCUAACAGGCCUCUUACAUUCGUUUUAUCCUUAUAUUUGAUCAUGCUUCUCAGUCAAUAAAAAUGAUACUUAGAUUUUAAAAUAUAAAUAAUUUUCAAAAGUUGCCUUUCGUCUAAUUACGUAACGAUAUCGCCCACUAUAAAGAUAUUUUUACCAACGGCCCCCAGAGGAAAGGCCUUAGCAUCGCGUGAAGCACUUUCGUUUGGACAUGUUGUUAGUGUGUUAUAGACAAUUUCAUUAAAUUAUGUAGUUCGUAUAUUUAUUGCGUGCACAAUCUAUUGAUGGUUUAGAUGACAAAUAACGUACACAGAGACUUUUAGUGGUGUCACCAUUUGGAGGUUUCCGUUUCCUGGUUGGCUACCGCCUACUAAGUCGUGUUUUUAGCUUCCUUAGCUACCUAGCUUAACGAAUAUUAUGGUUUUCCAUAUUAGCAGUGAGGUAAAAGAAUUAGCCACGGACCAGAAAGGGUGAAUAUGUUUGUGAAUAACGACACAGCUGAUGUUGUCAAGAACAAGAGUCACGUGAUGUAUGAAGGCAAACACAUACAUUUCUCAGAGGUGGACAAUAAGCCAUUGUGCUCGUACAGCCCGAAGCUCUGCAAGCAACGCAGACUCAAUGGCUACGCUUUCUGCAUCCGCCAUGUUCUGGAAGACAAGACUGCCCCUUUCAAACAGUGCGAAUAUGUGGCCAAGUAUAAUAGCCAGCGAUGUACCAACCCCAUCCCGAAGUCAGAGGAUCGCAGGUACUGCAACAGCCAUCUGCAGGUCCUUGGCUUCAUCCCUAAGAAGGAACGCAAGAAGAAACACGAUGCUUUGGAGGAAAUGCGUUCGCGGGCUCACCUGGAGUCGGUGGCUCUCAACAUAACGGUGCCCUCUUUACCUUUACCUUCCAACGGUUUGAACGAACAUCCGCCAUCGCCACCCUGUACGCGCCUGCUGGCCCUUCCCGAUGGGGAACACGUGGAUCCAUUUGCCUUCUACGAGGAGGACACCGACGGAGAGGAGACGGGUCCCUCUCGUAAAAGCAACAUCAUCAAGAAGAAGUUACAGAGUCGGCUGGUGCUGAACCAGAAAAUCUGUCAGUACGCGGACCGUUUCCAGACACCUUCUGAGCACUUUAGUCCCUCCCCAGUCUCCUGCAUCCAACCCUCCUCGCCGCUCAACACACACCCCACACGGCAGCAGUCAAGUUUUCUCCAGCCGCCUCCUCAGCAGGGUCUAUUAUGCAAUCCAGCACCACCUCAGACGGUCAACUUCUUGCCUCCUGGGAUACCAAUCAAUGCAACACCCAGUCCCGCGCAGCCGCCAGGGCCGUCGCUCAGCAGGAAACCUUUUGCUUCCAAUCACAUGGUGGUCAUGCGGCCCACCUCCUACUCACCGUCGGCCCGCUGCCUGGCCAGGUUCCAGCAUCUGGUACAGCUCUGUGCAAAGAGACACCGUGAAUAUGGAGACCUUUUUCCUUAUUUAGGAGUGGACUGGUCAGAAGACAGUGCUGAUAAUAACGAUGAUGAAGAAGAUGAAGCAGAGAGAUUUAUUCCUAGCCUCAGCACUUGGAGACCACAGAAUGGGUUGGAGGACGACACAGGUUCCCCGCGGAGAACGCGGCUGCUGAGGCUUUGCUCGUACCUGCAGCAGAAGUACAAGCACAUGUGCAGGCAGGAGAGGGCGAGUAUCCGCCAGAAAAGGUACCGGUACGCUUUCCGCAAAGCCUUGCUGUACGCCGCCAGUAAGAACCCAGACUGUGCCGGCCAACUCAUCCGGGAGUUACAUGGUUCUUCUCCAAGCCCCUCAAGUGCUGGAUCAGAUCACCACCACAGUGGGACUCCUGCGACACCGCAGAACACAAACACGGAGAUGUGUACAGGCACCACAAAAGGCCAGGCUUGUGACAAGAGAGCGCUGCCCUUCACCAGACAUUGUUUUCAACACAUUCUGUUGAAUCGCUCCCAGCAGCUGUUUGCAAGCUGCACAGCCAAGUUCGCAGAUGGUCAGCAGUGCUCUAUUCCUGUGUUCGAUAUCACGCAUCAGACGCCACUCUGUGAAGAGCAUGCCAAAAAGAUGGACAACUUCCUACGCGGGGACAGCAAUCGGCGAGUGCACCACCACUAUCACCACCACUACCACCAGCAACAGCACCAGCGUAAGCCGCGCAAAAAGACCAAACCACCGGCACUCACCAAAAAACACAAAAAGAAGAGGCGGGUGCCGCGGCGGCCUCAGAAACCCAUUCCUCCUGCGAUGCCUCAGGGGUAUCUGGGAAUGCCGUCUAUGAGCCUCACCGUGUCCUCACAGGCCAGCAUUAGGAGCCCUUCGACUCCAGACCUGAGUACAGACGAGCUUCCCGACGACAUCACGAAUGAAAUGGAAGACAUUCCAAAUGACCUUGAGCUAAACCAAGAGGAUUUUUCUGAUGUUCUACCAAGACUACCUGACGAUCUUCAGGAUUUCGACUUGUUUGAAGGCAAGAACGGGGAGUUGCUGCCCACCACAGAAGAGGCCGAAGAGCUGGUGCGCGCCCUGCAGGCCAUGGGGUCUUACCCGGACUCCCUGGUUUGUCUGACCUCCAUAGGAGACCUCGCUCCGUCAGAAGGAGUGGACCACCGAGCUAUGACCGUCUUUCCAGCUGCGGUCCAGGCGGGGGUCAUUGGGGACAUCCUCCACAAUCGCCUGUCAACGGAGAACUUUCCUAGCCUGGAGCUAGAGGACAAUAUACUGCAGUCCAACGCGGGCCACUUCCCCCCCUCGCCGCCAUCUCAGUCCACGGACCUUCCUCAAACGUCAUCCGCAGCUUCGGUAGCCCCCCCUACCAGCUCUCUGCUCACUCAGGCCCCCGAGCGGACGUUCGCCCGCACGCACCCGCCUCACAUCCUGGCCAAGUCGGAUGCGGCAACAUCACCCCCCCAAGGAAGCCACUAUAGCAGCGAGCACGUGGCGUCCCCGUACAGCGACCAAAUACCCUCGCCCCACGCUAGCCCAUUCCAGACCGACGCUCCCCUCCUACUGGAACCGCCGCGCUCAUCGUGGAACAAUCUCCCCCUGCCCCUCGCCGAUCCGGCGCAGUUCGGGACUCUCAUGGCCUCGGAAAGUCAUCUCAUAUCCACGUCGCUGUCCACCCCGCCAGCCGGCACCCACUCCGUCAACUCUGUGACGCUGCAGCCUCUGGCGGCACUGUCAGCUCUGCCUCAGAGCGGCAUGACGGGCUUGACCGCCCCCCCGGCGCCUCCUUCCUCGUCGUCGCACGAUCCCCUGACCUCCUUGCAGCCUAAGCAGCAGCUCCCGCAGUUCAGCGCUGUCUUCGGUCACCAGUUGGCCUCGCACAGCGGCAUCCCCAACGACCUGCAGCCCAGCCACAGCUCCACGGCGCCACCGGCCGGUUUCUCCAUAGUUAGUGCCACCACUGCAAGUGCCAACAGCGCCUCCACCUCUUUCACACAGAGUAACUGAGCACAGGUGACUACGGCAAGCUGUCUUGAGCAUUUAUUCCGUUAUCCUUCAUAUCUAGUUUGAGGUCCUUGUACGCUCCAGUAAGACAGUUCAGCUCGCUAGUUGAAUAUCGCAUCACUAUGAAGGUCUAAUAGUCAACCUCUAGUGCUUCACUAAUAGUACUAGUAGCAUCCAGAUCAACUCGUUAGUCCUAUGAGUACAAAGAAUCUGCGAGUAUAUGGACUUAACACUCAAAAACUCAAUCUUAUCAAGAAUAUUUGUCAAAUUUUGGGUUCCAAGACUCAGCACCUACAAAGUUAUUUAUUUUUAUCACUUUUCCCAGUUGUAUCAAACUAUUUUUUACUUGAUAGCAGUAGGAAAAAAAUUGUCAGUGGAGUAAGUUUAGUUACUUAUUACGACCCUUUUCUCAAUUAAUUUCAAUUGAAAUUUUUUUUGCAACAAGUGCAAAUUGGCUAAAAACAAGUAACUUGUUAGGUGAUGAGUCUUAUUUGAAGUGUAAUCAGAUUGGAAAAAAGAAAUAUUGGUCAAAUUUGAGCUUUUGCUGUGCAAGUUGGAUAUCAAGGACAUAUAAAAACUCAAACAGCUUGCUACAAAGCGGUUUGAGCAUAUAUAUUCAUCACACUAGAUUUUAUUCAUGAUUCAUCACAUCAACUAGUGCCCCGAACUACUAGUGAACAACUAGUGCAGAGUUCUGGCUCCCUUGUGACAUGAUCUCAGGGAGAUGCAUCUUAAGGUCGUGCCAGUAUGCCAAAAGUGGCACCAGUUAAGGAAAAAUCAACAUUACUAGUAAGACACAGUUCUACUUGUGCACCUUAGUUCUAGUAGUGCGCUGAAUUGUCUUACUAGUGAGGACGUAUAGUUUACUAGUACGGGGAUCUUAAGAAGCAUAUCGAAGAAAUGAUCUAACAGCUUUCCAUAGGCAUAGUUACAAAUUAAACCUUCUCCACUCAGUGAGGUAAUGGUGCACACAUUUGAUCAUAAAUUUGCCAAACGAGUCAUCAAAGAUGUUCACUGUCCAGUAUCUUCACUUACAAGCGCCGUUUUAUGAGACUUUUUUUUUUUUUUUGCUUUGCACUGCAAGCCAAAAUGUGAGCUUCAGAUACGCCGCGACAUGCAUUCAGAAUCCUGCAUCUCACUCACAAUUUGAGAAAUGCACUGCAAGCAGUUUUUGCAUUUAUUUGAUAUCCAUCUUAAGGUCAAUAUUUAAGUACAGUCUUUGUCCUCAGUAGGAGAUCUUACUAAAAAUGUUUUUUUCCAUUACUUGACACCUUUGGCCUACUUAUGAAUUUAAGGUGAUAUUAAGGGUAUCCUGAAAACUGCUCGAAAGCUGUUUGGACAUUUAUGCGAUAUCCUAGCCAUCCAAAUUAAGGUCUCUUUACUCGUACGAUCUUGCUCCUGGCUAGUAAGAACGCACUACUUGAUCGACUGUCCAUUCCUAGUGACCUCUCUUUCCACUCCAACCUUCUAUAAGGAAAGCAGAUUUCUUCGCAGCGCUCUAGUUUUCAUUUAAAAACGCUGGUAGGAUAUCGGACAAAUGCUCCAACGACUUGCCAUAAAAGCCAUUUGAGCACUUGUAGUGGAAAUACGUUACUAGUAUGACACUCAUUCUACUAGUGGUGCCUACUUGCUUUCUUGGUUGUCUGAUAAGAAAGGGACAAAAGUGUACUGGUACUAGUACUAGUCACGGAACAAAUUAAAUUGUAAGUCGGAUCUGGUCCAUUUAUUCGAUGCCUUGAAAUUUUGUAAGCCGGAGGUUACAGUCACCCUUUUGCUCACAUGGCCGUCACAUUUUUCAUCUUCCAUUCAUUUCAUACAAUGCUCGUUUAGGAAAAAAAAAAAAAAAAAAAAACCUCACGUUCGUGACUUAUAUAGACACGGUCCUGAAUUCACCCAAAUACUUUUAAAGCCGUUUUUUUGUAUCGUGUGUAUGCUGUACAUGUGCUCAUUUAUUGGUUUGGGUGGAUUUCUCGUCUUAAUCUCUGACCUCACUGUUGGUUGUACGACCCAGUACACAAAAGGUUACUAAAUCCAAAAGCAAUAAACACAUUGACGUCACUGUUGCAUUGUACCGCGGGGAUGAUAUUCUGGUGGCUCCACGUAGCUUCACCUGGUGAGUCCAGCGUGACGAUGGCCGCAGCAUUAUCCAGGGAUGCCGUUGUCUACUUUCUGAGGUGUGGUGCCUGCUCUCGAUGCUCUCCGCUGAUUUUUAAGUUUUAUUAAACUUUCAGGGGUGUCCAGACUACGGUCUGAGGUGCUUUUUCUUUUUAGCCCCCUAUCAUGUAUAUUAAAAACUACAGACCUUUCCAAAAAUGUGAAUAUCAUGGAAUGGUUUAUUUGCAAAUUUUUUAUCAAAAAGUUAAUCUUUCAUAGAUUCAGGGUCCAUAAUUUAAACCAUUUCAAGUAUUUAUUUUUACAUAAUUUGGGCUUUUAUCUCAAAAAACCCACAAACUCAGGAGUUUCAAAAAUUAGUCCAGUGCAGGUGUUGAACUUCUUUUUUUUUUUUUAAAUUCAGGAUGACCAUAACAGUGUACCAGAAUGUUUUGAAGGAUUUCAUGAUUCUUCUGCUGAGGAUUACUAUGGUUUUAUGAUUUCAUCUUCUAGUAGGACCUGUCCACUGCCUAUACUACCAGAACCACCAAAACCUGGUUUGAAGCCAGAACCAUGACAGAGCUUAACUGGGCAGCCAACUCGCCAGAUCUAAACCACAUUGAGAAUCUUCCAUGUGGCAUUAUCAAGAGGAAAAUGAGGGGCGCCAAACCCAAAAACAAAGAGCUGACAGCAAGCAUCAAGGAAAUCCAGGAUUCCAUAACUCACAGGCAAUGCCACGGCGCAUCCAGGCAGCGAUUAAAGCAACGCGAGUCGCACCCAAAUAUUGAAACUGAACAUACCAUUUUGAAAGUACCAUAUUUUCAUUGAUUUCAAGAAACCCCAAUUUCUUUUUUCUAUAAAAACUGAAGUAAAUGGUAAUUUCUUCACGAUAUUAAAAUUUUCUAAAUUCCUGAUUUUGUGGGUUUGAAGAGCUGAAAGCUCAAUUGUGGGCCCGGAGUCUAUAACAUACAUCCAUCCCUUUCCUGAGCCACUUAUCCUCACAAGUUUCACGGGAGUGCUAGAGCCUAUCCCAGCCAUCUUCGGGCAGGAGGUGGGGUACAAUUGGUUUCCAGCCAAUCGUAAGGCACACAAACCACCAACCAAUCACACAAUCAUGCAAUUUAGACUCUCCAAUUAAUGGAUGUUUUUGGGGAUGUGGGAGAAAACCUGAGUGCUCAGAGAAAAGCCACGGAGGGAAGAAGGGAGAACAUGCAAACAAAAUCCCCGCCCUCAGAAUUGUGAGGCAGACGCUCCAAACAGUCAGCCAUGGAAUUAUGGAUAUUCAAAUUUUAUUUGAAAGGCUGUGCACAUUUGAAACUGCCCUGCGUGAAAAGCAUGUUGAUUUUUUUUUUUUUUUUUGUGACACCCCUUCUAUGAUUACGAAUCAUUGGUUUUCUAUAGAGAUUUGCUACAAAGUGUGAGCACAGCUUACUCACAGUUCUGAGGUCUGAAGUGGGGGUUCGAAUCCAGGCUCCGGCUUGCACUUGCAUGGGUUUUCUCCAGGUACUCUGACAUCCUACAUUCUGAAAGACAUGCACGUUAGAGGCUUAUUGAAAACAGCGCGGGGGCGGGGGUAACUUCAUCUCAACUAUAUAAUAAUGUGUUUAGUGUGUUUUUUAAAGUCAGGAGUAUUUCAAAGUGUCCCUCGGAGGAAAGGUUUGGACACCCCUGCGUUAUACGUACAUUUACAUUGAAACUCUCCAUUUGUCUGUCUCAGUGCUAUUUCUUAGACUGUUGCGCAUUUAUGAUGUCUCAGUCAGUUUUAGGCUCCCCACUCCUCCAACCCCAAAUCAAAUGAAAGAAAAUGACAGCUGGGGAAAGAAAUUCUGGCCUUGGAUGCAUACAUGAGAUUGUGUAUUGGGUGUAUAACGUAACGGUCACGAUCCAGAGAUUUGUUGGUAAAUUAUUGAGUAGCAAAUGGGCAGAGUAGUCACUUGCGAUGUAUUCAGUGGAACGUGUAAAGUGUAGAACAAGUCUCAUAUUUUUUUUCAAAUGGUGAUCAAGCGGGUCGUGAAGCACUCCGGGCCAUUGGAUGGAUUGGUGUCUGUUUGCUGUGUAUGUUAUGUUAAUAGCUCAACUGUUCAGCGAAACAAUAUUUUGUUAUUAUGCGUUUGCCCCCCACCGAGAGACUGCAGAUGUUAAGUACAUUGGAAGAGGCAUCAAAACGGGAAUAUAUGCAUCCUACCAUCUUUUUAGUGGAUGGACGUAUUGUAGUUCAAGAUGGAUUUGCACAAAAGUAAAAUGAUUUAAUCCUGCCUUGUUUAUCACUGCAUGUCUCUUCUGACAUUGUUUUUUUUUUUUUAAUUCCCAUUUUCACUUGCUCAUUAGCGACUGUCACCCCGUCACCAGUUUCCAGUUGCGAGAAGGCCCAGUUUCCCCUCUCCUCUCCUUCCCAAAGAGAACACACAUCAUUGUAGCUCCACCCACAAGCUGCCUGCAGUGUUGUUACACUAGCUUGGAAUUAUAUCUUUAUAUCACUAUACAUUCUAUUUGGAUUGUUUCUUUGCGAGCAACACAAGCUAAUACUGCUGUAUCCACAUUUAGCAUGAGUAGUCGCUGCGCCCAGCUCUCCUGACAAAACCAACGGGGCUCGUAGGCACAUGUAACGAUUGAGAGACGGCUGGCAAAUUCCAUAUUCAUUGAAUGUACCGUGUUAUGGUUUUGAAAGCUAGGAGGAGCUCAAAUCUAGUCACCUUUUGUUACCAGUCCUUGUUUAUUUGUCUAAGGUAUUUUUUUCUAUACAAAAGGUUUACAUUUUUAUGUCUAUUUUUCUCGUGUACAAGUUAUGUAAUAUGUGUACAAACACUGUGUGUAAUAUCUGUAUAUAGUGUGACAAAUUUGAUUUGGUUUUUGGAUGUACAAAUAAAACUUGCUGUGAGGUAUUU